AUGGAUGGAUUUCUCACUCCUGUAAGUACCACUUACAAGUCCAACCCCCGGGAAAAGAAAGAAGUUUUCCUCGUCGAAAUUCCCAAAAUAUCAAACCAUAUUGCCAAGCCCUCCUGGAGCAAUGCAACCUCUCCCUCUGAAGCCUUGAAUAUCUUGAAGAACGAGCCAGAUCAUGAUAGCCUCAUCAAAACUCUAAGAUAUCUCAUUCAAGAUGAGUCGGAUUUCAAAAUCACAUCACCAAGUCCCAUUUCUUCUCAGCUAGUUCAUGUCCUUGUCUCGGAAAUCCUGCCCAAUUACUGGUCCAUUUUCUCCGGCGCGGAGGUCCCGAAGUCCAAAAGAGAGAGACCGAAGCAAUCAGCAGAGUUGCAGCUGCUUUUGAAAUGUCUACGAAGUGUCACAGGCUUGAACUCUAUCACUCUGUCUAUGAAGAGACAUAUUCAGCUCUCAAGGGGCUCCAACAAGAAGGUUGCCGGCGGUCCCAAUCUUGAAGAAAUACUGAAUAUUCUCUUGGAAACGUCUGCAGCACUCUUGCAAGGCUCGGGCACUGUACAAAAUAUUGCCGGUACGAUAUGGGACUCUAAUGAAAAACCUACUGCCAAAAAGUCCAUAUGGAACGAGUUCCUGGGCUUGAUUGGAGGAGGCAAGUUAUUAGGCAUUGCUGCUGAGGCAGAAGCUGUGGUGAACAAUCUGAGUGAGAAUAUUGGACUGCGAUAUUGGGUAGCGGAUAGUACUCUGUUCAGCGUUUGGUUGACGACUAAUCUUCAGCACUGGGUGCUCAAUUUACCAAAGGAUCAUGAGCAUGGAUGGAAAUGCUGCGGGGAACUUCUUGGGAAACUACUUCGACUUGGAAAACCAGGCAAGUGCGUUCUGCUCUGGUUCGAUAUCUUCUAACAGCAUCAUAGAAAAUGUUGUUGGGUCACUUCUGGACUCGAUGAUUCUAGGAAAUGAAGACAAAAGCGCCCAAUUUAUAACCCUCCUUGACCAUUUGCCAGCAUUUGAACAAAAGAAUGUUCUUUAUUCAACGCUUCAAUUCGUUUCGAGAGAAAAACUUUCUACAUCCAUCACAAUAGAGGCUGACUCUUCAUGGUGGAAGUCGGAUGCCAAAGUAGUUUCUGGAGCAUCGAGCCUGAUUAAAUCGCUGGUUUCCGGUGCAGAAUCGAGGAGUAGUCAGCUUAUGGCUUGGUUGACAAGCUCUUCUGGGGCCGGCGUUGGAGGAAGUAUUGCAAUUCGACGUGCGGUGGUUGCAGUGAUUGCAGAGGAAAAAUCUUCUAUCGAGAGUCUAUUGGAAAAAAGCAUUCAACAAUUUGGAGAUCAGCUGUAUGUCAGACAUACUCCUACUAUACAACAAGAAGGUAAUAAUACCAUCAAUUCUCCCUUCGCUUGAGGCUAAUAAACUCUAGUUCAUGCGCAAAUUUUGUUGCUAAGUGCGGGAUGUCUACAUCGUAAAGCACCCCUUCGACUCUCAAUGAUGAUGCGUGCAGGUACACAUCUAAAUGCUGUUUCGCAUCGUUUGGCGAAAUCCUCGCCUCGAACUCGAUUCCUGGGAAUGGCCGUUGGUGAGGCCUUGUCUAGUCUGGUGGACAAAGGAGACAAGAAAAUGGACUUUAAAGUUGACGAAAUGUCUACAGCUGAAGCAAAAUGGUACAAGAGCCUAGUAAACGUUGUGGACACUGUUGGAUCUAUAGAUUCCUUGAAAUUCAAGCUAGUCCCACAAGCACCACCAAAGACCACUUUCCACUCAAAGCCAGCGGAAAAACCAGCACCGUUGAGUGGAAAUUCUAGAAUUAUAUCCAUUGAGGAAGUAGAGGACGAUGAAGACGAGGAGGAAGAAGAUUCUGACGACGAUGACCUCGCUCCUUAUGGGAAACCAGACUCAGACGAAGAGGAUUCUGAUGAGGAUGCCACAAACAUUGUUCGCAAUAAACCUACCGCCCCAGUUUAUAUCCGCGAUCUGAUUACCUACCUACGAGAUACCGACAACUAUGAUCGUCAAAAGCUUGGUCUUCAAACAGCUGCUCCACUGAUUCGCAGAAAAGCGAAUUUUGGAACCGAAGUCAGCACACAUGCAGAGGAACUCGCAACGCUUCUUGUAGGAAUUCAAGACAAAUAUGAGAUUGAGGAAUUUCAGGAGCUGCGGUUGCAGGGAAUGAUUGCCAUUCUACUUGCUCUGCCUUCAAAAAUGGGUCCGUGGUUCGCAAAAACAUUUUUCGAUGGCGAUUAUUCAAUCUCUCAACGUGCCUCUGUUCUCACAACACUUGGAUUGAGUGCUAGAGAACUAGGAGGGUUUGGAAAAGAGGACGUCAAACUAACCAAGGCCGAUAAACUAACCAACACUUCAUUUCCCUCAAAAGCAUUACCGGAAAAAAUGCAUAAUCUCUACAUCACAAACACCCAACAACCCAAAAAGGCCACUCAAAAAUCUCUCCCAUUCUCAGCCCUCACAAUCCUCUCAGCAAAUCUCACAUCCUCCCUCACAAAACCAAUAGCAGCAGAAGCUCUCGCCUCAUCCUCAAACCCUGCCUUAAUGAACUUCAACCCAUCCUCAACGAGGCAAAUCACCAAAACUAGAACCCGUCCAAAGCUUUCAACAAAUGCACUUUCUACGAUAGCAUCAACGACCUUCUUCUUUUCCCUCACAGGCCGCUUCUUCAUCCACCUCCGGGCUUACGGUUCUUCUUCGACGAAUAACAUUACUUUCGACCCAUUCCUUCUAUCUCUCUUCAUCAAAACACUCGCGCUUAUCCUUGAUGCCGCCGGUCCUUACGCCACUGGACUACGAGACAUGAGACGCGAGUUCUGGGAUUUGCUACUCGGUCUUCGGGUUGUAGCGAUGGGGGAGAGAGGCGUGAUUGAGAGUAUGCUCUUUGGAUUCCUCGUUAGCUUGGAGUUGAAUGCGAAUGAUUCGGAUGGAAGAGAGAUUGUGGAGGGUAUGGGCAGGGAGUUACUUGAGAUUCAGGGUUGGGUCCAGGGUGUUUUUGAGGGUCUCGGGGAAGGGAGGGGAGUUAGUGUUCUUGGUGUUGGGAGGAGGAAAGGAGAAGAAGGGGGUGGGGUGGAGGAGGAGAAGGUUAGGGUUCUUGCUGCGAGUGUGCUGGUUAGGAUCCAGGGGCUUGUGGAGAGGUAUCAAGGUUUGCUUGUAGGUGAUUUAGUUAGUUAUUCUUGA